AAGAUUGUGGAUAGAGCUAGUUGGUGUAAGCCCAAGAAGGCAUGGAUCAAAAUGAAUUGUGAAGUGGGGGGAGGGAGAGAGGGAAGAACUGUGGCUUUGUGAUUAGAAAUGGUGAAGGAAGGUUUUGCUUGGCUGGGGUGUACUCUGUUCAGGAGGAACUGGAUGGCUUAAUCAAAAGAAUGUUAAGGGAUGGGGUGGAAUGGAGUAAGGAAAGAAACUUGGGGAGAAUGGUUAUUGAGUCAGAUGAUGAAAGAGUUCUGGAGAAGGAAGAAUGGGAGGGAACGGUGGUAGGAAAAUGUAGGGAAAAAGUGAAUUGUGUGGCAGAAUGCUUGGUAAAGAAUGAAAAGGAGGGAAAUGUGAUUUAUCUAACACGUGAGGCAAUGUCAAGGUCCUUUAGGCAAGUAUUGGAUCUAGAGGGCUUGCCUCAUUUCUUUUUUUCUCCCUCUGUAUAUUACAGGUGGAAAUGGAAUAUGGGCAUAACUCUGCUGGAGGGCUGCUGGUAUGAUAUUUGUUUUGAUUUGUUUGUGCAGGGAAUGAAGAUGGUGGCGGUACAGUGCAGAGCUGGGAGUACAUGAAGGCAACAAGUGAAAGCUGAAAUGAAUUGGAAUUUGAAAAAUGAGUGAUUUUGUCUAGGUUGAAGAUUUUCUUAUUUAGCAUGCUAAGUAGGGUGUCUUUGGCCUCUCUAGUCUGAUAAUUGCAAGUGUGACAGGGUGAAAAUGGGAAACUGUGUGCUUAUGUGGGUAUUUGCAGGGGGUGAUCCAAGCAUAGCAUACACUUAUAGAGAUGGGAAUGUCUUUUGAAAUUGGAAAGGAAGCAUAAUAGGUUGAAAGAAAAGAAAUAGAAAAAAAAAAAAAAAAAAGAGAAAGGUGAUGAAAUGAUUUAAGAAAUGAUGUUCCCCAUUGCUUAGGGUGUGGCUUGAUAAGGCUUUUCCUAGUAAGAUACAGAGCUCUGUACGGGAGAGGUUGAUCCAUGCUCUAAGGGUGGGGGCUCUGGGUACUACCAUUGCUGUGGGUGCAGGUUGUAGGGCUCCCUGUGGAAAAACACAGAGAUCUGUGCAGAGGGGGUUGCUUGUGCCCACAUGGUGGGUCUCAUUGCUUAGGUUGUUGGCUAUUAAGGCUUCGCCCUGUCAAAUGCAGAGAUCUGUAUAGGGGGUUGGUUGGUGGCCUAAGGGUGAGGGUACGAAAGUGCUUGGUAUGAAAAGGUGGAAAUAAGAAAUGGGUUGUGUAGUUGGUUCAUAGGUAUCGGUCCCAUCCUUUGUGUAGGGCGUGGAUUAUUCUUGUUAGAUACCAUAGUUUUGUGCUUAGAAGACUUGGUGAAGGGAGGAGGGAGUGGUGCGUACCUUUAGUUUGUAUGAAGAUUAGCCUAAGGAGGCCAUUGGAUACUUUACUUGGCAUAUUAGAUAGAGGAAAUCGUUGAUAUUAGAUAGCCACUUUGGCAAUGAAUAUGUAACUAUGUAAGCCCUUGGGCAUUUGUCUUAGCUAGGCCACUUUCUGGCCCAGAUGUACUGACUCUUUGAUGUUGGAUGAUAUGAAUUGUUUUUUUUUUAAAGAA